GAGGGGAGGGAGGGUGACGGCGAGGGCAGAGCGGGGCCGGGCUAGGCCCAGCCAGCGCGCGUGUGGCGUCUCCCUGGCAACCGCUGAGGAGACGGCAUGGCGGCUGAGGAGAAAGAGGGAGCUGCUGCGGAGUCUGUAAUAGCAGAGAUUCAGAAGAAGAUUACAGAUGCAUUUGAAGUGUUUGACCAUGAGUGCAAUAAAACUGUGGAUGUCAGAGAGAUUGGCACAAUCAUUAGAUCACUUGGCUGCUGCCCAAGUGAGGGCGAGCUACAUGAUAUGCUUGCAGAGGUAGAAGAAGAGGAACCAACUGGAUUUAUUCGUUUGGAAAAAUUUCUUCCUAUGAUGACUAGAGUAUUAAUGGAAAGAAAAUACCGGCCAGUUCCAGAAGAUAUUCUUUUACGGGCAUUUGAGGUUUUAGAUCAGAAUAAAUGUGGACACCUUACUAAAGAUGAAUUGAUCAAGUAUAUGACUGAAGAAGGUGAGCCUUUCACACAGGAAGAAAUGGAGGAAAUGCUGUCGGCUGCUGUAGAUCCAGAAACAAAUACUGUUCGCUACAAAGAUUAUAUAUCAAUGAUGGUUGUGGAUGAAAACUAAGCGCUUCUUGUGUAACUCCUGGGGCUCAUCUGUUUGCUUCUUAUUUGUGAAUGAGUUUCAUUGGAGUUGCUCUGUAUUUCAUGAAUUGCAGCAGAGGCUGUUACUGAAAUGCAUUUAUUUAUGAAAUAUUGCUCUUUUGACUUAGUAACAAACAAAAUUCCAGAGAGAUAGUUGCUACAAAAGUAAGGAAAUGAAAUUGAAAAAGACAGCUACAGUUCAGAUUUGGCCAAGAAGAUGCAAAAUAUGAUCCGCCCUAACCAAGCUUCAGGAGACUGCAGGGAUGUCCCUCAUGCAAGGGCAGUGGGGGAAUUGCACAAGGGCUCCCACUGCUACCCUGCAGUCCCUUAGGAUGUCAGCCACUGAUUUUGAGAGGAAAAAUGCAUUAGGAAUAAUUUCAUGAAUGCCCUCAGGCUAAGAAAAAUAAGAACUUAUCAGUUCCUAUUUCCAAGGAAAUCAACAGAUAAGUAAUGACAUGACUAAUGUUUUGAAGAAAUGUUAUAAUCAAAGUUCUUAUUUAAGAUUAUCCUUAUCUUUGCUCAGUGUAGGCUUGUGAACUUGUCAAACACUGACAUUACAAUGAAACUCUAAAGCAAUGGAUGUUCAGGCUUCUUAAGGAACUUAUGCAAUGUUUGGUUCAGUAGUCAAGCCUCGUUUGUUGAGGCUUGAAGUCUAUGGGGGCUGCUGUUGAAAGGUUUUUCCGGUAACUAGAAGCAGAGCACUGGUGAGGGCUCUUGACUAAGGAACACUCCUUCCCUAUUGUACCAAUAAAAGCAGUUUGUUGACUUUUA